AUCAAUCACAAUCAAAAACACACCACCUACACCCAAAAUCUCGAAUCAAAAUCGAACAAAAAAGGUUUAGGUUCACCCCAACAAACGAUUAAACUCCCACCUAUCUCGGCAGAUGAUACGAAAAUCAACAAUGACGUUGCUGAUGGUGGCGUUAAUCUAACCCGUAAAUUCUUCACAAACAAGACCAAAGCCAUCGUCUGGGGUAUGCAGCAGAGAGCCGUACAAUCUAUGUUGGAUUUCGAUUUCAUUUGCAGACGCGAUGAACCAUCUGUUGUUGCCAUGGUCUACCCGUUCACCGGUGAUCACAAGCAAAAAUUCUACUGGGGUCAUACGGAAAUUCUGAUUCCCGUCUACAAGAAAAUGUCCGAUGCCAUUAAUAAACACAAAGAAGUUGAUGUUAUGGUGAAUUUUGCCUCCUUACGUUCGGCCUAUGAAUCGACAUUGGAAGUUUUGGAAUAUCCACAAAUACGCACCGUGGCCAUUAUCGCUGAAGGUAUACCCGAAAAUAUGACACGCAAAAUGAUAUUGGCUGCAAAUAAGAAAGGUGUGGCGAUCAUUGGACCUGCCACAGUCGGUGGCGUUAAGCCAGGUUGCUUUAAGAUUGGCAACACUGGUGGUAUGUUGGACAAUAUUUUGCAUUCGAAACUCUACCGCCCCGGCAGUGUUGCAUAUGUCUCGCGAUCUGGUGGUAUGUCGAAUGAAUUGAAUAACAUAAUUUCAAAGGCCACUGAUGGUGUUUUGGAGGGCAUUGCCAUUGGCGGAGAUCGUUACCCCGGCACCACAUUUAUGGAUCACAUUAUGCGCUAUCAAAAUGAUCCCGAUGCCAAGUUAAUUGUUCUACUUGGCGAAGUAGGUGGCACCGAGGAAUAUGAGGUGUGUGCUGCCCUUAAGGAUGGCCGCAUUACCAAACCCUUGGUGGCCUGGUGUAUUGGUACCUGUGCCUCAAUGUUCACAUCCGAGGUACAAUUUGGUCAUGCUGGUUCAUGUGCCAAUUCGGAUCGUGAAACUGCCACGGCAAAGAAUAAGGCGCUGCGUGAAGCCGGCGCCUAUGUACCCGAUUCGUUUGAUUCAUUGGGUGAUUUGGUGCAACAAGUCUAUGCGGAAUUGGUGAAAUCGGGACGUAUAGUGCCACGCGAAGAAGUUCCACCACCCACUGUGCCCAUGGAUUAUGCCUGGGCUCGUGAAUUGGGCUUGAUUCGCAAACCGGCGAGUUUUAUGACCUCCAUUUGUGAUGAAAGAGGACAGGAGUUGAUUUAUGCCGGUAUGCCGAUUAGUGAAGUUUUGAAUAAGGAUGUUGGUAUUGGUGGUGUUAUUUCUCUGUUGUGGUUCCAACGUUGUUUGCCACCCUACGUCUGUAAAUUCUUUGAAAUGUGUUUGAUGGUCACGGCAGAUCACGGGCCAGCUGUAUCUGGUGCUCACAACACAAUUGUGUGUGCUCGUGCCGGCAAGGAUUUGGUGUCCUCGGUUGUCAGUGGCCUUUUGACAAUUGGUGAUCGUUUUGGUGGUGCUCUUGAUGGUGCUGCUCGCCAAUUCUCCGAGGCCUAUGACUCCAACUUACAUCCCAUGGAUUUCGUAAAUCAAAUGCGCAAGAAGGGUCAAUUGAUUAUGGGUAUUGGACAUCGUGUCAAAUCCAUUAACAAUCCCGAUGUGCGUGUCAAGAUCAUCAAAGAAUUUGUUAUGGAUAACUUCCCCGCCUGCCCCUUAUUGAAAUAUGCCUUGGAAGUCGAAAAGAUUACCACCAGCAAAAAACCCAAUUUGAUUCUCAAUGUUGAUGGUGUCAUUGCCACCUGUUUCGUUGAUAUGUUGCGCAACUGUGGAUCAUUUACCAGUGAGGAAGCCCAAGAGUACAUUAAUAUUGGCGCCAUCAAUUCCUUGUUUGUGCUCGGUCGCAGCAUAGGUUUCAUUGGCCAUUACAUGGAUCAGAAACGUUUGAAACAAGGACUUUACCGCCAUCCUUGGGAUGAUAUCUCCUAUGUGAUGCCCGAACAAUUUAAUUAAG